UGUGAUCGUCAAGUUUUGGGUAGAUUGAUAAACUUUCUUUUUAUCGUCAAUUUGUGAUUAGAUUAGUUCCUUCAAACCUUAUCUUUACUUAUUGUGCCUUCUUUACUUUACUUUCUCAUAUAACCCACUUCUACAAAACUCCCAAUGUGAAUGAAUCAAAGGCCCAACAAUGUUGUCCCGUUUCGUGGUUUCGCAAGUGAAGCACAAUUCGUACUUCCUGGUGGGGGUGGUGAUCGGGCUGUGGGUGGCGCUGGCCGCGAUUCCUCUGGAGGAGGAGGUGGCGGCGUGCGCGGAGGCGAGCACGGCGGCGUUGAGCGACGAGUUCGAGCCGCAUCGCGAGGAGAAGCCCUUAGGGCCCGCGGGCCCGGCGGCGGGCCGCAGCGUGCAGCGCCCGCGCUACUACAGCACCGAGCUGGGCAUGAGAGGGUCUUUACUCGCUGGAGUGUUAAGCUCAGAAGAUGCCUUGGAUUCAAGAGUGGCUGCCUUGAACCAAACCGCUGCCCGUCUCCAACCCGCAUUCCGAGUAUUCAUAGCAGCAUCCACCGUUCAGGCCGCCCCCGGGCGCGCAAAUGUCGUGGGCUUCACUGACACUCGGGAAAUGCUCAAACCAUUCCAUGCUCUGAAAUAUCUGGCUGACAAUUACCUCGAAGAGUAUAAUUUCUUUUUCUUGGUGUCGGACACAUCAUUUGUUAAUGCCCGGAGGCUGUCCGAGCUUGUGUCCAAGCUGAGUGUCAGUCAGGAUGUCUACAUGGGCACUAUCGCGGAAGAUGACAGCCACUACUGUACCCUAGAGGGCGGCAUCCUGCUGUCGAACUCGGUGCUACGCGCGGUGCACGGCGAGCUGGACUGGUGCGUGCGCAACUCGUACUCGCCGCGCCACCACGAGAACCUCGGCCGCUGCGUGCUGCACGCCGCGCACCAGCGCUGCACGACCGCGCUGCAGGGUGAGAGCUACUCGUCGGCGCGUCUGGAGGAAGGCGGCGCUUUAACGCCGGCGCUGGCGGACGCGGUCACCACCCACCCGGUGUCCGAACCCGCACUGUUCUACCGUCUACAUGCUUACGUUUCUAGGGUGUUCCUGGAGCGGGACCGCGCCUCGGUGGCGCGGCUGCGGGCGCAGCUGGUGCACACGGCCACCCGCCACCCGCGCGGCUACCGCAACGCCACCUGGCCCGCCGGCCUGCGCGCCGACCCCGGGCUCGCCGCGCCGCCGCCCGACUCCAGGUUCGACCACUUGCGCUGGACGCUGUUCAACGAGUCGCACGCGUUCAUGCCGGACGACCAUCGCGCUGUUGGCCUCAUUACCGGCGCCACCAAGGAAGCACUAGAGCUGGUACUGCGCACGGCGCGCGCGUGGGCAUUAAACCGCUGGCCUGAAGCCGAAGACGUUCGUCUUUUGGAAGGUGCGUGGCGCUGGGAGCCGCCCUACGCGCUGCGCUACCGGCUGCUGCUGCACGCGCCGCCCAAGCAGCCCGCCCAGGCCGCGCCGGUGAGUCGCAUUCUGUCCUUGCAUGUAGACUGGCCCGAGGCGGAGGACGUGCGUCUCCUGGAGGGCGCGUGGCGCUGGGAGCCGCCCUACGCGCUGCGCUACCGGCUGCUGCUGCACGCGCCGCCCAAGCAGCCCGCCCAGGCCGCGCCGGUGAGUCGCAUUCUGUCCUUGCAUGUAGACUGGCCCGAGGCGGAGGACGUGCGUCUCCUGGAGGGCGCGUGGCGCUGGGAGCCGCCCUACGCGCUGCGCUACCGGCUGCUGCUGCACGCGCCGCCCAAGCAGCCCGCCCAGGCCGCGCCGGUGAGUCGCAUUCUGUCCUUGCAUGUAGACUGGCCCGAGGCGGAGGACGUGCGUCUCCUGGAGGGCGCGUGGCGCUGGGAGCCGCCCUACGCGCUGCGCUACCGGCUGCUGCUGCACGCGCCGCCCAAGCAGCCCGCCCAGGCCGCGCCGGUGAGUCGCAUUCUGUCCUUGCAUGUAGACUGGCCCGAGGCGGAGGACGUGCGUCUCCUGGAGGGCGCGUGGCGCUGGGAGCCGCCCUACGCGCUGCGCUACCGGCUGCUGCUGCACGCGCCGCCCAAGCAGCCCGCCCAGGCCGCGCCGGUGAGUCGCAUUCUGUCCUUGCAUGUAGACUGGCCCGAGGCGGAGGACGUGCGUCUCCUGGAGGGCGCGUGGCGCUGGGAGCCGCCCUACGCGCUGCGCUACCGGCUGCUGCUGCACGCGCCGCCCAAGCAGCCCGCCCAGGCCGCGCCGGUGAGUCGCAUUCUGUCCUUGCAUGUAGACUGGCCCGAGGCGGAGGACGUGCGUCUCCUGGAGGGCGCGUGGCGCUGGGAGCCGCCCUACGCGCUGCGCUACCGGCUGCUGCUGCACGCGCCGCCCAAGCAGCCCGCCCAGGCCGCGCCGGUGAGUCGCAUUCUGUCCUUGCAUGUAGACUGGCCCGAGGCGGAGGACGUGCGUCUCCUGGAGGGCGCGUGGCGCUGGGAGCCGCCCUACGCGCUGCGCUACCGGCUGCUGCUGCACGCGCCGCCCAAGCAGCCCGCCCAGGCCGCGCCGGUGAGUCGCAUUCUGUCCUUGCAUGUAGACUGGCCCGAGGCGGAGGACGUGCGUCUCCUGGAGGGCGCGUGGCGCUGGGAGCCGCCCUACGCGCUGCGCUACCGGCUGCUGCUGCACGCGCCGCCCAAGCAGCCCGCCCAGGCCGCGCCGGUGAGUCGCAUUCUGUCCUUGCAUGUAGACUGGCCCGAGGCGGAGGACGUGCGUCUCCUGGAGGGCGCGUGGCGCUGGGAGCCGCCCUACGCGCUGCGCUACCGGCUGCUGCUGCACGCGCCGCCCAAGCAGCCCGCCCAGGCCGCGCCGAGCAUCCGCAGCUUGGAAGUGGUGCGCGGUCUGGGCGCGGCGCGGCUGGCGGCGGCGCCCUACGUCACGGAGGCGGCGCGCGUCACGCUGCUGCUGCCGCUGGACGCGCGCGCGCAGCCCGACCUGCCCGCCUUCCUGCGCCGCCUGGAGGCCGUGUGUCUCGCGCAGGACAAGAACACACAGCUCGUUGUGGUGAGUCACCGUCCGCAGCGUGGAGGCGGCGGCGCCCUACGUCACGGAGGCGGCGCGCGUCACGCUGCUGCUGCCGCUGGACGCGCGCGCGCAGCCCGACCUGCCCGCCUUCCUGCGCCGCCUGGAGGCCGUGUGUCUCGCGCAGGACAAGAACACACAGCUCGUUGUGGUGAGUCACCGUCCGCAGCGUGGAGGCGGCGGCGCCCUACGUCACGGAGGCGGCGCGCGUCACGCUGCUGCUGCCGCUGGACGCGCGCGCGCAGCCCGACCUGCCCGCCUUCCUGCGCCGCCUGGAGGCCGUGUGUCUCGCGCAGGACAAGAACACACAGCUCGUUGUGGUGCGUGGAGGCGGCGGCGCCCUACGUCACGGAGGCGGCGCGCGUCACGCUGCUGCUGCCGCUGGACGCGCGCGCGCAGCCCGACCUGCCCGCCUUCCUGCGCCGCCUGGAGGCCGUGUGUCUCGCGCAGGACAAGAACACACAGCUCGUUGUGGUGGUGAUCCGCGCGCCGGGCGAGGACGAGUCCGUUCUGGAGGCGACGCGCGCGGCGCUGGACGUGUUAAGUGCGCGGCACCGCGGCGCCUCGCUGCAGGCCGUGGGCGCCGCGCUGGCGCCCGCCGCGCUGCCCGACCACGAGUGGGCGCAGCGCCUGCAGAAGGCCGUGGGCGCCGCGCUGGCGCCCGCCGCGCUGCCCGACCACGAGUGGGCGCAGCGCCUGCAGAAGGCCGUGGGCGCCGCGCUGGCGCCCGCCGCGCUGCCCGACCACGAGUGGGCGCAGCGCCUGCAGAAGGCCGUGGGCGCCGCGCUGGCGCCCGCCGCGCUGCCCGACCACGAGUGGGCGCAGCGCCUGCAGAAGGCCGUGGGCGCCGCGCUGGCGCCCGCCGCGCUGCCCGACCACGAGUGGGCGCAGCGCCUGCAGAAGGCCGUGGGCGCCGCGCUGGCGCCCGCCGCGCUGCCCGACCACGAGUGGGCGCAGCGCCUGCAGAAGGCCGUGGGCGCCGCGCUGGCGCCCGCCGCGCUGCCCGACCACGAGUGGGCGCAGCGCCUGCAGAAGGCCGUGGGCGCCGCGCUGGCGCCCGCCGCGCUGCCCGACCACGAGUGGGCGCAGCGCCUGCAGAAGGCCGUGGGCGCCGCGCUGGCGCCCGCCGCGCUGCCCGACCACGAGUGGGCGCAGCGCCUGCAGAAGGCCGUGGGCGCCGCGCUGGCGCCCGCCGCGCUGCCCGACCACGAGUGGGCGCAGCGCCUGCAGAAGGGCUCUAGAGGCGCCUCGCUGCAGGCCGUGGGCGCCGCGCUGGCGCCCGCCGCGCUGCCCGACCACGAGUGGGCGCAGCGCCUGCAGAAGGUGGCGUUGAGCAUGGCGCUGCCGCGACUGUCGAAGGACACGCUGAUUUUGCUCUCUGUGCCGCACAUGGAAUUUAAUCAAGAUUUCUUGAACAGGGUCCGCAUGAACACGAUCGCGGGCUGGCAGUGGUACUGGGCGCUGCCGUUCGCGCGCUACGCGCAGUACGCGCACCCGCGCUUCCUCGACGAGCGCGGCGCGCGACCGCAGCAGCACACGGGACGCUUCGCUACCCGAGGAGCCGUCCUCGCCUUCUACCGCCGCGACUGGGACGCGGCCCUGGCGGCGUGGUCGGGUAGCUCAGAAGCGCCGGUGGUGGAGGUGCUGGCGGGCGCCUCGCUGCGCUGCCUGCGCGCGCCCGACCCCGCGCUCGUGCUCGCGCCGCGCCCGCCGCCCUGCCGCCUGUCCGGAGUGUCCGGGCCGUCCGGGGCCGCGUCCGGGCCGUCCGGCGCCGACGCCGAGGCGUGCCUGCGCGCGCAGAGCGCGUCCGGCUUCGCGCAGCUGGAGCUGGGCGACCGCCACGCGCUCGCCAAGCUGCUGCUCGAGGAGCGCGCCGCUGUGCACACCUAACGGCACGUUGCAUUACGAUAGUACGAAUUAAAGCCUAGCGUUUGCUUUGUGAUUUGUAUAAAAUUUGACAAUGUUUUAUACUGACGAUAUGAUGUUAAAAUGUUAUGAUCCCACUUAUAUUCACGGGAGAUAAUAAAUCGUAUUAAAAUCACUGGGAGCAAAAA